GCAGAGUCUGAAGAGGAAGCAGGUGAACUGUAAAUCUCACUGCAUCGCACACUGUCAGAUCUCUUGCAGAGAGUCCGACUCUCCCACAGUGAGAUGAGGGCCCUCUUGCUGAUUCUCGCCAUUCUGAUUCCUGCAGAUGGAAGAUUCCAGAAAGACUUGUCCCGCAGAACUGCUGUUCCACACACAAAACAUUCUGGCUAAAUGGAUCCCAUCCUACCAUGAGUGAGGGGAUCGUCAAAAGGACUGUAUGUUUUAACUGGAAGGGGAAUCACUGCUACACGAGAAAAGAGAUCAAGGUCCGAAACUGCACCUGUUACUUUGUGUACAAGUUGAAACCGCAUUCACUAUGGAAGGCUGCAUGUUGCAAAGAGGAAACGCCAGCUAUUGAACACACUCAACAAACAUCUGGAGUAACUACUGACCCUGCAACAUCUGCUGGAACAGUGUCUGAACUUACAGAGACAACAUCAACACAUGAGCCCGAUCAACAAAAUUCCAAGGAAUCUACUCGACCUGAAACAUCAGCUCAAAGAGAAUCAGUAGGCACAUACCAAGAGAAAACACCGACUACUGAACCCCCUCCACCAACAUCUGGAGUAACCACUGACCGUGCACCAUCUUCUCAAAUAGUGUCUGAAGUUACAGAGACAAUAUCAACAUAUGAACCCGAUCAACAAAAUUCCAGGGAAUCCACUCGACCUGCAACAUCAGCUCAAAGAGAAUCAGUAGGCACAGACCAAGAGACAACACCGACUACUGAACCCCCUCCACCUACGUCUGGAGUAACCACUGACUCUGCACCAUAUUCUCAAAUGGUGUCUGAAGUUACAGACAUAGAGACACCAUCAACACAUGAACCCGAUCAACAAAAUUCCAGGGAAUCCACUCAACCUGCAACAUCUGCUCAAAGAGAAUCAGGAGACACAGACCAAGAGACAACACCGACUACUGAACCCCCUCCACCAUCAUCUGGAGUAACCACUGACUCUGCACCAUCUUCUCAAAUAGUGUCUGAAGUUACAGAGGAAACGCCAGCUAUUGAACACACUCAACAAACAUCUGGAGUAACUACUGACCCUGCAACAUCUGCUGGAACAGUGUCUGAACUUACAGGUAUCAGCAAAACACAGAGACCUUUUAAGGAAAUCUUUCGACACAGACAGACAAUAUCAACAUAUGAACCCGAUCAACAAAAUUCCAGGGAAUCCACUCGACCUGCAACAUCAGCUCAAAGAGAAUCAGUAGGCACAGACCAAGAGACAACACCGACUACUGAACCCCCUCCACCAACAUCUGGAGUAACCACUGACUCUGCACCAUCUUCUCAAAUGGUGUCUGAAGUUACAGACGUAGAGACACCAUCAACACAUGAACCCGACCAACAAAAUUCCAGGGAAUCCACUCAACCUGCAACAUCUGCUCAAAGAGAAUCAGGAGACACAGACCAAGAGACAACACCGACUACUGAACCCCCUCCACCAUCAUCUGGAGUAACCACUGACCGUGCACCAUCUUCUCAAAUAGUGUCUGAAGUUACAGAUACUGAGGCUCAGACGAGUCAGACACAGAAAGAUUCAACAACUCCGAAUUCCUGGGAGGAACAGUGUUCUGAGUCCACGAACUUUCCUUCAACAGCAGAGAUUCUGGAACUGUUGGAGGAGGAUUGUCAGCAUAUCGAAACGCAUGUCGAAGUCCUGUCCUUCAGCAGGCACAAACUGGACACUCACAAGAAGCAGGAGGCUUACCUUCAUCAGGUACAAGAGAUGUUGAGAGACCAUCUCCCAUGCAAGAAACUGAAGGUGAACAUCUGGCCAGAAUUGUGAGAAGGACGUGAUGGUGAACUAUAAAUGUACACAAUCUGAGAUGUGUUGGAGGAUGGACACAAACUGGAACAAUAGACAAGAUCCAGGAGAAAAUUGUUUGAUGAAGUGGAGGGCUGUGUGUUAUUGUGUAGCGAAUGGGCUGUAUGUGAGAUGCAGUGUGGGUUAUUGUAUCAGGGCAGGGUUCUGCUUUUGACAAAGGGUGAUGUGCUAUAUGACGCACAGUGUGCAUGUGAGAUAGUGUGUGGGUCAUUGCAAUGGGGAGAGGGCGUGAGUGAGAUGAAGUGUUUGUUCCUGUAUUGGGUACAGGAUGUGGGAGAUAUAAAGUUGUUUUUUUUGUGCAUGGGAGCACAGAUUGUGUGUGAGAUGGGGUGUGGGCUUUUGCAUUGGAGACAUGAUGCACGUGGGAUGGGGUUUUGGUUUUUGGGGUCACGGUGUGUGUGUGAGAUGGCGUGUCGCUUACUGUACUGUGAACAGUUGUGUAUGAUGGGGUGUGGUUUAUUGGAUUGUAGAUAGUGUAUGUGUGUGAUAGCUGGCGUGGUUUACUGUAUUGGAGAUAGGAUGUAUGUGAGAUGGUGUGGGUUAUUGGAUUGGGGAUAGGGUAUAUGAGAGAUGGUGUCGUUUUAUUGAAAUGGGGAUAGGGUGUAUGAUAACAGGUUUUUUGUGGAUUGUGGAUAGGGUGUGUGAGAGAUGGUGUGGUUUAUUGGGUUGGAGAUAGGGUGUAUGAGAGAUGGUGUGUUUGAUUGGAUUGAGGAUAGGGUAGAUGAGAGAUGGUGUGGUUUAUUCGAUUGGGAAAAGGGUGAUGAGAGACGGUGUGGUUUAUUGUAUUGGAGAUAGGGUGUAUGUGAUAUUGGAUGUGGUUUAUUGGGUUGGGAAUAGGGUGUAUGUGAGAUGGUGCAGUUUAUUGGAUUGGAGAUAGGGUAUAUGAGAGACGGUGUGGUUUAUUGGAUUGGGGAUAGAGUGCAUGAGCAAUGGUAUAUACUAUGCUGUGUAAUUAACGUGUUUGGAAUGAACAGGGCCAGAUCUGAGAAUGAGAGAAUCUGUACCAAGAUGAAUUCAAUGCAUUCUGACCUUGUGAUCCAAACUCCUUCGAACUUUCAAUUUAAAUGUCAAAUGCUGCCCACCCCCCCUACCAAAGCUUCAACCCUUCGCCUGUCUCAUGGAUAU